AUGCCUCCUACAUCACCGGUAGAAGGAUUCCCACGGUUUGGCCUCGUCAUGGCCAGACUUAUAGUGGAGAACGAAGACCGAGACGUGCGGCCUUUUGUUGUAUUGCUUCCCCGUCGAGCCGGCUCCAAGCCCCUCGACCAUUCGAUCACCAGCUUCAACCAUGUUCGUCUCCCAGCAUCUGCGUUGCUGGGCUCUCUUGCCAAGCCGGAAGAUCCCCGCAAGAACUUCCUGCACGUCAUCUCACGGAUUGGACGCUGUGCGUUUGUGGCGGGGAAGUACAGCCUCCGCCGCCGCAUCACCAACCCUGAAGGCAGUCCUAUCCCGAUAUUCACCUUUCGGACCCAACAGCAACCCCUCCUGCACGCUCUAGCCCAGAUCGCCGUCUUCGGGGCCUGGAUCCCCCAGUGCAUUGCACAGUACACAGAUCCAAUCCACGCAGCCCCGGUCCGCCACGCACUCGGGGUCUGCGUCAAGGCCGUCCUAUCCAAGGCGGUCCAGCACAGCGGGUUUCACCUCGCCGAGCGCUGCGGCGCCCAGGGGCUGUACGAGUACAACCACAUCGUCGAAUCGCAGCUCGAAAGCCGAGGGAUUGCUGUCUCGGAGGGGGAUGCACUGGUUCUGAGCAUUCGCCUAACAACCGAGCUCCUCCUGAGCCGCUACGCAAUGCCCCAGCCCAGGCACCCUGCCACACUUCUAGUCCAGCACGAGACCGGCCUGCUAGCUGCCGCCCGCACGCGCCUCCACACAAUGUCCGACGGCCACCGCGGCGCCGAAUACAACCGCGUGCUCCUGCCCCAGUGCCUGCCCAUCGUCGAGGCGAUCGGCCAGCGCAUGGCCUACGAGGCAGCGCUGGAUGCCGGUGUCGAACCGGAUCUUCUGGCGCUGUACGAGGCGGGGGUGGUGUUGCAGGAUCCGGCGUGGUAUGCGGAGCACUGCGGGCUAUCACGUGAGGCGCAACUGGACCAGGAGGGGCGGGCGCUGGAUGCGCUGGAGCCUAGGGUUGAGGAGCUGCUGGACGGGCUGGGGGUGGCGCGGUUUUGCACGGCGCCGAUUCUUUCGGCGGAGCGGAUGGAAAGGUUUGCGGCGGGGUUGCCGACUUUUGGGGAGGAGGGGAACAGGGAGAGGCAGACGGAGAGUCGGCUAUGA